CAUUUAUACAGAAAUCCAAACACCUCACUAAAGUUUAUAUAUGUUGGUAACUGGAACAAAGUUUGUUGAACAAUCUCAGUUGCUAAUGUCUCAGUGUUCAAGCUUCAUCUCCCCAGCAUGAAGAGAGAAAAUAACAGCAUCAACAUGCAUUGUUUAGACCAGAACUGCUUAAAAGCAACUUUUCAUUUCACUAAUUUUGGGCUUUAUAUAAAUAUUCUCUUUAUCUAUUUCUGUUUACACGGACAGGACAGCUCAUAAAACUUCACAAACAUGAGAUUGAACUACAAUGAAAUUAAUAAGACAUAAAAUGUAGAAAUAAAAUAAAAUAAAUGAAUUAAUAAACAAAUAAUAAUAAUACAUCAUCAAAUAAUCAAGCAUAUGGAUAAAUAAUGAUUAUAAAAUGAUUAUGAUGAUUAUGUAAAUAAAUGAUUAGGAAUAAACUAAAGAACACAAAAAUAAAAACCUUCUGCAUGUGAGGAUCUGAGGUAGGAUCGAUCAGUACUGAAAAUCUUAUUGAUUCAGAAACUAGUGAAGCUACCACCAAGCUACUGAAAAAUGUAGGUAAACUAGCAGCUUCGCUAAUUGUAGCGACGCUACUGCCCAACACUGUAACAUGGAUACAUGACAUCUCAAAUGUGUUUUGUAAGUGUGGUUCAUCAAUAUAAAUUAUUUACUGUCUUUAUUUUAGAUAUGAUGGAAGUGAAAGAGGAGAGUCAAGCUGAAGUGGAUGAGAAACAUCAGAUUGUAAAAAUAAACCAUAAUGUUUCACAGAAAGAAACUCUGAAGACAGAAGACAUAAAGUGUGAAAAUAGUUUCAGCGAAGAUGAACGCCCUGCAGAUCACAAGAGGACUCACAGUGAGGAGAAACCUUUCACAUGUCAACAGUGUGGAAAGAGUUUCACCUUUCAAUCGAACCUCAACCGGCACAAAAAAGCUCACAGGGGGGAAAAGCCACACGCGUGCCAGCAUUGUGACAAGAGUUUCCCAUAUGAAAGUCAACUUAAGGAACACAUGAUAACUCACAGUGAAGAGAAACCUUACACAUGUCAACAAUGUGGAAAGAGUUUCACCUUUCAACCAGCCCUUACCAGGCACAAUAAAACUCACAUGAGGGAAAAAGCUUACGCAUGCCAUCAUUGUGACAAUAGUUUCCAAGUUAAAGGUCAACUUAAGAUACACACAAGAGUUCACACUGGAGAGAAUGCAAUUACUUGCCAUGAGUGUGGGAAAAGUUUCACCUUUGAAUCGAACCUAAGCCGGCACAAGAAAACUCACACUGGGGAGUCACACGCAUGCCAUCAUUGUGACAAGAGUUUCCCAGAUAAAAGUCAACUUAAGAGACACAUGAUGUCUCACACCGAAGAGAAACCUUACACUUGUCAUCUUUGUGGAAAGAGUUUUAGAGAUAAAAGUAGCCUUAAGCUUCACACAAGAAUUCACACCGGAGAGAAACCUUACACUUGUCAUCUUUGUGGAAAGAGUUUUAGAGCUAAAAGUAAACUUAAGGACCACACAAGAAUUCACACUGGAGAGAAACCGUUUUCAUGUCAUGAGUGUAAAAAAAGUUUUAGAAAAAAAGUUAACCUUCGAACACACAUGAAAAUUCACACAGGAGAGAAACCGCACGCAUGUCUUCAGUGUGGAAAGAGUUUCAGUACGUGGAGCAACCUUAAGUCACACAUAAUAACUCAUAGUGAAAAGAAACCUCACACAUGUCUUCAGUGUGAAAAAAGUUUCACUAAUAACACUGGACUUGAGACUCACAUGAGAGGACACACUGGAGAGAAACCUUACAUAUGCUCUCAUUGUGGAAAAAGUUUUACAAGUGAAGGGACUCUGAAGAAACACAUGAUAACUCACAGUGAAAAGAAACCUUAUGCGUGUCUUCAGUGUGAAAAAAGUUUCAGUGAUAAAUGUGGACUUGAUACUCACAUGAGAAAUCACACUGGAGAGAAACCUUACAUAUGUCUUCAGUGUGAAAAGAGUUUUACAAGCAAACGGACUCUUAAGGCACACAUGACACUUCACACUGCAGAGAAACCGUUCACUUGUCAUCACUGUGGAAAGAGUUUCAGAAUGAAGUGUAACCUUAAUUCACACAUGAGACUUCACACCGGAGAGAAACCUUACACAUGUCAACCCUGUGGAAAGUGUUUUUCAAGCAAAAGCUCUCUGAAGACCCACAUGACAAUUCACACCGGAGAGAAACCGUUCACGUGUCAUCACUGUGAAAAGAGUUUCAGACUUAAGUAUGACCUUAAUGCACACAUGAGACUUCACACUGGAGUGAAACCGUUCAUGUGUCAUCACUGUGGAAAGAGUUUCAGGACAAAAGCUAAACAUAACAUACACGUAAGGAUUCACACUGGAGAGAAACCAUUCACAUGCCAUGAGUGUGGAAAGAGUUUCUCCUUUCAAACUAGCCUUAAACGGCACAUGACAGCUCAUAGCGGGGGAAAUAUAGAGUGAAUUUUGUGCCAUAAUUGCCCAAACAAAUUCAGGGUUUUUCUAGAAGACUAGUAUAAAAUGCCAGAUAGCAAAAUCAUUUAGUCACUUUUGUAAGAAAAUCAAACUGAGAGAAUCUCUGCUGCAAAACACAGUACAUUUAAUUAGUUUUCUCUCAAAAUGCCUUUUGUAUUUGCAAAGCGCAUUUUUCCCUUUGCAAAGCAGAUCGAGUUUGUUUGCAAAUUAUGGCACACAAUUCACUCCAUAAUUGGUGAGUUUAAAGCAUGAAUGAAGAAUAAAUUUUACCUGUCUAGGUGGGUCCUGCAUUUAAAAUGUUUGGGAAACCUAAUGCAUACGUUUCAAACAGCUCCAUUAAACCACAUAAUGUCAUUACUAUUUCUUUCUGCAUUAUAUUCAAAGUAUUUAAAUUAUCACAGAAAUAUUGGGACUAUAGUUUACAUAUAAACACUAAUGUUUAUGAUCUAGAGCAAACACAUUCUUACAUCCAGUAAUAAAAUGUAUUGGUGAUUCAUUGAAACUUUCAAAUUUAAAAAAAUAAUUCAAAUUAUUGUUUAUUUAUUCGUUCAUUUGUCAUUAUCAUUUAACCAUUUUUUACCUGUGUUUUGUUAAUCAUUUAAUUUUUUUUUCAGUGUUUCCCAUACAUUGAUUUAUUUGUGGUGGCCCACCACAGAAUCAACACUGGCCCCCACAAAUAGAAUUUUCAUGAUUCCCAUGUACAUUUUUUUUGUCACCAUUUAAAACAGCUUAAUCCGGCUUAAAAUAUAAUUUGAUACAAUACAGAUCAAAUACAGAUACAGAUCAAAGAGUAGAAAUGAAACAUAUUUCAGUUGCCAACACUAGAUCAAACGCAAACAUGACAUGAUGAUGUCACAUAUAUGCUAAUUAGCGGGUGACGUCAUCACCACCACAGUCUCCUCAAAAUCCUGUGGGAAACACUGUUUUUGUUCAUGUGUAUAUAUUCCUGUUUCUGUUCAUUCCCUGUCAGUUCUCAUCUGUUGUAACUGUGUUGUUUCUCAUCGUCAUUAGUAUUAUUAAAGAUUCUUGUGUGUUUGUAUCUCAGUGUCAUUGUCAUCUUUGUAUAGUGGGAGUUUAUGACACCAAUGAAACAUUUUAACAGCCGCUUUUGGCUGAAAUUUUAAAGAGUUUACAGGAUUUCAUAUUUUGUCUCUUGUGAAGUAUGUGUUAUUUUGUUUAGUUGGGAUUCAGAAUCGUGGGAGAAAGUAACCAAAGUUACUAUCCACUCAACAUUUUUACUGGCCACAAUUUUGUUGUUGGGAAAAUACAUUUUAUAAAACGGCCCAUCCUGGUUCUUCAUUCUGAUUGCUUGAAACACAUUCUAAGCUGUGAUAAAAUACCCCGGUAACCCCACGGUUCAGACCGCAUUACAUAAGUAUCACUACGCCACUGUUGCUGCGUACUGAUUUAUGAAACUAAACACCACAGUCUUCAAUCGUAUUUUUAAUUUGUCUAAAAUUGCACAAUUAAUGGCGAUAUCCAGAUAAAUGUCAAUAAAUAUUGUUGAGUCAUCUCGUCAAUAAAGAGAAAACGCUCCCUUAGGAGUUUAUAAAUCAAAUCCGUAUUUUCCAUAUUAUCCACUGGGUGGCGAUCUUACCCAACUUAAACACUGAUGCAUUCACUCAACACUAAAAACACUGUGUGUAAGUUUUGAUGGCUUUGAAUCUUAUUUCUUACAAAAGUUCUUUACAAAAAUGAAAUUAUCUCCGCUUUUGGCUGAAAUUUUAAGAGGUGAUAAGACAACAAAUGAAGGUAGAAUGAAACUUUUUUUUUUUUUUUAAGCAGAGCGUCUGUUCUUUCAUUUGAUAUAUUUUAUGUUUAUUUAAAGAAGAUCAUUUUUUCUGGAAGCCUUUAAACUAAAACUGGGUGGCAACUUAAAAAAAAAACGCUGAUGGGGAAAGAGUUAGAGUUAAGUAUGCUUCCACGCAUAUUUGAGAAUCACUUCAACAG